UCGUGUUCUUUUGUUAUGAUAGAAUUUUUGCAGCUAUUUUUUAAAUUACUAUGCUAUUAUUUCGUUGGUGUUGGGAUAGUUAAAGCAAGUUAAACUCUUUUUGCAUAAAUAAAAAUCAUUAUUUUUCGAAAUAGCGUUGCAGUGUUUAAGGCGGGAACCAGGAAUAAAAAAAUACUUUGGCAGUGAUUUUUUUGAUAUUUCUUGUGUAAAGAGUGGUACGUUUUAAUAUCUUAAGUUGUUUGGACAAAGUGCACGAUGAAUUGGAGGCGCACGAAGUUCAGUAUAGUGGCAAUUGUGUUACAGGUUGUGUUUAUUAUAAUAUUUGGAGUGUUGGGUGAAUAUGGGGAGUCUGCACGUGCCAAGUCGCCAACACCAGCCUAUGACGUAGCUUCUAUGUACCCAUACUUCCAAGAUGUGCACGUGAUGAUAUUCAUCGGUUUUGGGUUUCUGAUGACGUUCCUCAAGCGUUACGGGUUCUCGGCAGUUUCCGUGAAUCUGUUGGUGGCGGCGUUCGUUCUACAGUGGGCGUAUAUUGUACGCGGGAUCAUACACCACGUGGCACAUGGUCAUGCAAAAUUCCCUGUCCAUCUUGGAGAGAUGUUGUCAGCAGAUUUCGCUGCAGCUACAGUGUUGAUAUCAUUCGGAGCUGUUCUCGGUAAGACAAGUCCGUCACAACUGUUGGUGAUGGCGAUCAUUGAGGUUGUACUCUCACAAGUCAACGAAUGGAUCGGACUUGAUAAGCUAGGGGCUGUGGAUGUGGGAGAAUCCAUGUAUAUCCAUGCAUUUGGUGCAUAUUUCGGUCUUGCCGUUGCUAGAGUGUUACAUAAUGAGAAAGCUCAAGAGGCCAAGUCUGAGGGCAGUGUAUAUCACUCGGAUAUCUUCUCUAUGGUUGGUAAGUGUACAGUUCAUGUUCAAAACGCAACACUGGCCGGGGGCGUGGCGUUGGGAACCAGCGCGAACAUGCCGCUACAACCUUGGGCGGCUAUGCUGAUUGGCUGUAUUGCAGGAGUUAUCUCAGUUGUUGGGUACCAGUACAUCACUCCCUUCCUCGACAGUAAAUUGAAGAUCCAUGACACGUGCGGUGUUAACAAUCUACACGGGAUGCCAGGUAUUUUGGCGGGAAUUGUUGGCGCCAUUUUUGCAGCGAUUGCCAACACUGACAGCUGGGGUGAAAGUAUGUACGAAAUAUUCCCUAUGACUGUACCAAUGGUGAACACAACGGAAUUUGCCGAAGCUCAGGCCGAAUUUUCCGUUAUUGAACCCGGAGCGGGACGAAGCAGUGGUAUACAAGGUGGCUACCAGAUGCUCGCACUUGUUAUUACUUUGGUGGUUGCCAUUAUUGGCGGGGCUGUGACAGGAUUAUUGCUAAGACUGCCAUGUUUCGACAAUGUUGAGGGCAACAGGAUGUUUGAUGAUCGGGAAUUCUUCAUUGUGGAGGCCCAGGGAUUUCCACAUAAUGAGUCUGGUGACGAAACUAUCGAAGACGGCAACGAUACAAAAAUGAGGAUGUUGAGUGACAACUAACUUUAUCCAACGCCAUCUGUACCAUGAGGACAGUCACGUGAUAAAUGAUAUAGCUAACGAAACUGCCGUGACAACGCAAAAAGUGACAACAACUUUAACUGUUAUUGUAAUUGAACAAUUUACUUGUUGUGUUCAUGAAUAGACAAUCACCAAUCGUUACAAUGUAGAAGUAAUCACGUGACAUAAGUUGUGUAGAUGUAUUUACAACUUAAAAAGUUUGCAUGAAAGAAUAAUUCAUAAGCAUUUUCAUAUUUUACAUGACAUCACAAUCUUAGUUAUAGAUGUAAUGAAUGGAGUUUAUUUUUAAAGUAACGAUAGAUGACAAAUGUAUGAAUUAAUUAGAAUUUACGUUAGAAUUUACGUAAUAUUAUGCCGUAGUAACAUUGUCAUAUUAUUGCAUUUAUCACCCGUGUAUAUCAUACUAGAUUGUCAUUUAAUUUUGCCUGAAUUGUGUGUUUGUUUUACAUUACAUUUAUUAUGGAGUUUGCAGUUUUACAAGUUGUGUAAACCCUUGACAUGCUUCAACCAUGCCAGGAUUAGUUUUUUUCCCCCAAGAACAUAGAGCUUGAUAUUAUUAGGGGCUUUUUCAUUUUUUUUUUGAAAUUUAUUAAUCUUCAAACACACUGUUCCCAGUUUAAAGCCAGACAAAUACAUUACAGAACUUGAUAGCAGGUUAAGGAUUAAAAUUGUACGACAUAUACCGCGCAGUCUGAUUCACGAUGUUUGCUAUCAGUUUCCCUACUUGUUAAAAGGUUUGUAAGCGAACAGCAUGGAUCCUGAUCAGACUGCGCGGCUGCGCAGGCUGAUCUGGAUCCAUGCUGGUCGCAAUCCCAUUAUGUUUGUUUUGUCGUGACACGGCUCAAAUACAUUAUAGUUUUCAUGUCUUCUGUUCCCAAAUAUGACAGUAUUCUUAUGCUCGUAUAUAUUUACAGAUAUAUCCUAAAACAUGCAAACCCUCAAUAUACUGUAUAAAUAACUCAUUUAUUAAGUAUUUACAGUUUAUAGUAUAUGUAUAUCAUUGACAAUCAUUAAGUCAUUUAAUCAAUAAUUCAUCCAUCUUAGUUCGUCAGCUGUCGGCAUAAUUCGUUACUUCCCGCCCUUUACAAACACUAGACACUGAGUUACAGGAACGUUUGAAAGCUUAAAAGUUUUUAUCGAAAUGUAACGGAGCUGACCGAUUCAAUAAAAUUCAGAUACGAAGAGAUACAAAGUUUGUCGAACAUAUAUGAUCUAUUGAUGGAUGAAAUAUUGUUAUGUCGUCUGCACUAGUUACAAUAAGGACUUUAUAUAAAUUGUAAUUCUUAUGUAUUUACGUGCCUUAUUUUACAGAUAUAUAAAAACAAGUAGUAUUAUGUUUUAUAAAAUAUAUAAAAUAAAGAUAUAAAUGUAAA